ACAGGCAUUUCUCUCACCACAGCACACAGCAGCCCUUUCCGAGCAAAACCCGCUGGUGCUGGCAGGCUGGCACUCAGCUCUGCUUUCCUAGGAGGAACCACCAUCAAAAGGAACUUUGACAAAGGUCCACACUUCAGCUCCUGGCAAUGGGCUGCUUCUCGGGAUAUGGGAAGGCUGGAGGCUGUCAGUCCUGCAAUUUCCCCAGCAUCCCAGCAUCUCCCCGGCAGCCAGCAUGGGAUGAACAUGCUGUUCAACAGCCAGAAGUGAUUUCACAGCCCCUCAUUCCUCCAGUGACAGCCCCCUAGAUGAUGUCCUGCCACCAGCACACCUGCAAACUCCAGCUCUUCCUUUUGGUCCAGAGGCAGUCCAUCAAACCCAAAGCGCAUCCCAUGGGACAUGCCCAAGAGGAAGAGAGGUGCUUUUCAGUCAUGGAGCUGCUCUCCUAAGCAUGAGGAGGAUCAUCAUGCUUUCCUUCCUCUGCUUACUGAUGCACCUGCUUCAGGAUGAGACAACUUCGCUUUUAGUUUUGGGAAACCAAGACCUGCAAGAUUCGAUUAAGCCACAGAAGGUAGAGUUCCAUUCGUUAAAUUUCAACACCACUUUGCAUUGGCAGCCUGGGUGGGCCAGAGAGGCCAGAGAUGCGCUCUACUUUGUGCAGUACAAAGUGUAUGGGCAGAGCACGUGGCAAAACAAAGACGAGUGCUGGGGGAUUUCAAGCCAUGUCUGUGACCUAACGCAUGAGACCUCUGACAUCCAGGAGCCUUACUACAGCAGAGUGAGGGCAGCCCUGGCUGGUGUCUACUCCAGCUGGAGCCUCAGCUGCAGAUUCACUCCUUGGAGAGAAACUAUGAUAGGACCUCCAAUGGUCACUGUGGUUCAUAGCAACAAAUCCAUAACAGUAAAGCUCCAGGCUCCGCGUUCUCCUUAUAGAAGGAAGAGAGGCAGCAAAAUACCAAUGACAAACUAUUAUGAUCUGCUGUAUCAAGUCUUCAUAAUUAACAACUUGCUAGAUGAGCAACACAGGGUCCUGGUGUAUGAAGGGAAAGACAAGGUAAUUAAAAUAGAAGAUUUGAGGCCUGGAGUCAGCUACUGCAUCGUGGCUAAAAUGUACAUGCCAAUGCUGGACCACAGCAGCGCCUACAGCAGCAGGCAAUGUACCGUGCUGCAGUGACAGGGCUGCACCUCUGAGACAGGGAUAAUGGCAGAAGAUGCCUUCCAUCACAGGUCCAGCUGUAAAUCAACAUCUGCUGUCUAUGUCUGGAAUACAUACUUGGAUACUUUUUAAACUAACCUUUGCUGCAUUAAAUUAUUUGAUUAUUUGAUCACAAUCCUUUUAUGCUACAUGAAGGAGUCUUUGUAUGUCCCAUAUUACAAUUCAUGAUGGUAUAUAUUUGCAUUUUCCAAGGUAACAGACUUGCAAUAU